CGGCGCGGGGCUCUAAAGCGGGGCGCGGGGCGGCGCGGCGCACACGGCCAUGGCCGCCGCCGCCCAGUACCUGCCGCGCGGCGCCGCGCUGCUGCACCCCGACGGGGAGCGGCUGCCGCAGGCCGCCACGUACCGCGACGUGCAGAAGAUGAUGCACCACGACUACCUGCAGGGGCUGGCCCCCGCCGCGCUGCCCCACCACCAGUGGCUGCCCAGCGCCGGCACGGAUUGGGGCAGCGGAGGAGGUGGUGGUGGAGGUGGAGGAGGAGGAGGAGGAGGAGGUGGAGGAGGCGGCGGGGGACCCCCCGGUGGGGCGCACCUGGCGGCGGCCGAGCACGGCAAGGGCGGCCCGGGGGGGCCCCGAGAUGAGCUGCCCCCCCCUCCUCCUCCUCCUCCUCAUCCGCCGCCGGCCGCUUUCCAUCACCGGCCGCACCUCGUGCACCAGGCGGCGGCGGGCGGCGCGGCGGGCGGCUGGGCGCAGGGCGGAGCGCACCACCUGCCGCCCAUGUCGCCGCCGUCGGGGCAGCCGCUGCUGUACGCGCAGCCCUACGGGGGGCUCAACGGCAUGCUGGGCCCGCCCGGCCCCGCGCUGCACCACGGGCUGCGGGACCCGCUGGGAGCCGAGGAGGCCGGGGGCCACGAGCUGGCGGCCUCGCCGCCGCCGCUGGGGCCGCCCGAGCCGUCGGACGAGGACGCGCCCAGCUCCGACGACCUGGAGCAGUUCGCCAAGCAGUUCAAGCAGCGGCGGAUCAAGCUGGGCUUCACGCAGGCCGACGUGGGGCUGGCGCUGGGCACCCUGUACGGGAACGUCUUCUCGCAGACCACCAUCUGCCGCUUCGAGGCGCUGCAGCUGAGCUUCAAGAACAUGUGCAAGCUGAAGCCGCUGCUCAACAAGUGGCUGGAGGAGACGGACUCCAGCACGGGCAGCCCCACCAACCUGGACAAGAUCGCGGCGCAGGGCAGGAAGCGCAAGAAGCGCACCUCCAUCGAGGUGGGCGUCAAGGGCGCCCUGGAGAACCACUUCCUCAAGUGCCCCAAGCCCUCGGCGCACGAGAUCACCUCCCUGGCGGACUCCCUGCAGCUGGAGAAGGAGGUGGUGCGGGUCUGGUUCUGCAACCGGCGGCAGAAGGAGAAGCGCAUGACGCCGGCCGGGGGCCCGCACCCCCCGAUGGAGGACGUUUACGCACAGGCGGACACCUCGCCGCUGCACCACGGGCUCCCCGCCGCCGUGCCCUGACUGCCCCGGCCCCGCCGCCGAGCCCCGACGGCGGCGGCGGAGCGGGAGCGGCCGCCCCUAUAAUUUAUUCCUCGGACUGGCCCGGCCCGGCCGCCCGCCCGCAGCGCUAUUUAUUGGGGGCGCCGGCCGCAGCAGAAGUAGCCAAAGGUUUGCGAUCUCUAAUUUAUUCCCUCCCCCGCGGGGCCGCCGGAGCCCCCGCUGCGGCCGCCGGGCUCGCCCCGAGGGCACCGCGCCGCGCUCCCGGCCCGUUUCUAUUUAUUUUCUAACCGUGCGCGGAGCUCUGCCCCUCCCGUUGGUAGGUUCGGUUCGUUCCCCCCACCCCAGUCUCCCCCCCCCCCACCCCCUUUCCCCUUUGGUUUCGGUUUUUUGUUUGUAUCUUUAUUGCAAAAACCACUGUAGACUGCGAGGGUGCGUUUCUAUUUAUGUUAUAGUAAAUAUUUUAUUACUUACAUAAACCAUUUACCCAGGAA